GGUAUACAAGCAGCUAAAGAAUUAGAAGAUAAAUAUGAUAUACAUUGUAAUAUGACAUUAAUUUUUUCUUUUGUACAAGCAUUAGCAUGUGCUGAUGCUCAAGUUACAUUAAUAUCACCUUUUGUUGGAAGAAUUUAUGAUUGUCCAAAAUUACUUGAUCAAUUAGCAUUAGAACAUACGAAAGAUAAUGAAAAAAUUCAAAUUUAUUUAAAUAAAGAACAAAUAAAACAAAAACAUGAAAAACUUGAUGAAAAAACAUUUCGUUGGAUGUUAAAUGAAGAUGAAAUGGCUAAUGAUAAAUUAUCUGAUGGAAUACGAAAAUUUGCUGCUGAUGCUCAAAAACUUGAAGAUCUUAUUCGAGUUCGUCUUCAAAAUAAUAAAUAA